CCCGGUGGUUUCUGUUAACUCGCGUGCUGCCGGUUGCAUUUGCGUCACGCGAGCGCAAAUGACGCGCUGAAGGAGCGCAAGCGAGGAAAGAGCGAAAAAACCCGACGGUUAAUACAUCUCUACCGAAACCGCAUCAACAUACAUGCCAUUUUCUCUACGUUCCUGACAGUGUCUUAGAGAAAAUCCUCCAGAGACGCACAAGACAGAAUAAACCAGAAUAUCAGGAAUGGAUGUGAAAGAUCAAGGAGCGCAGAUGGAGCCGCUGCUUCCUGCGGUUCAGAGUCCUGCUAGUGAUAACGGGAGAAGCGAUGAGGAAGCCGUGCUGGACAGAGGUGGGACUCGGUCCAUGCUCAAAACGAAUUUCGAGAAAGAGGAGCUGGAAGGACACCGUACUCUCUACAUUGGGGUGCAUGUACCUCUGGGUCGGAGGUCACACAGACGGCAUCGUCACCAUGGACACCGCCACAGUAAGAAGUCACGGGAGAGAGACUCUGGAACCGAGGAUGGCAGAGAAUCUCCUUCAUUCACAGACACACCGUCUCAGCGUGUACAGUUCCUGCUGGGAAUGGAGGAUGACGAGGAACACAUUCCUCAUGCACUCUUCACCGAGCUGGACGAAAUCUGCCUGAAAGAAGGAGAAGAUGCAGAAUGGAAAGAGACGGCCAGAUGGCUGAAGUUUGAGGAGGAUGUAGAAGACGGAGGGGAAAGGUGGAGUAAGCCAUAUGUGGCAACUCUUUCCCUUCACAGUCUGUUUGAGCUGCGGAGCUGUAUCCUCAACGGAAUUGUCAUGCUGGACAUGAGGGCCAACUCACUGGAGGAGAUCGCAGAUAUGGUUUUGGACCAGCACGAGAUGUCAGGUUCUUUAGGAGAGGAGGUGAGGAAGAAGGUUCGAAAUGCUCUCCUUAAACAGCAUCACCAUCAGAACCAGAAGAAACUGGCUAACCGGAUCCCAAUCGUACGCUCUUUCGCAGAUAUCGGCAGGAAGCAGUCUGAACCUAACUCAAUGGAUAAGAAUGUUACCAUCAAGACCCAUUUGCUCCCUAGUCCCCUCUUCUCUCUCUGGCCUAGGUUCAGUAGCAAUGUGAGAAACAGACAGGUGCUCCUAUGUCCAGCCUGCUCCCUCUGCUGUCCCAAGUGUCUGUCAGCUCCUCAUAAACCGCACCCAUGUCCUUCUGCCCCUCCUGCCCCAGAUACCACCCUCGUCCGACCCAAAACUAACCACAUCCCCUUCAGCAAGCAACUAAGCUUGCAUUACGGCUACCAUCUUAUUCCUCUGUUUGGUAUGAUUGCUGCACUGCUUCCAGGUCAGACGGUGUCCCCUCAGGCUCAGCCCACCACAACAGAAGGACGUGGGGAUGGCAGUCGUGAGAACAGUGCUGUUGACUUCAGCAAAAUAGACCUCCACUUCAUGAAGAAGAUCCCACCAGGAGCUGAGGCAUCCAACAUCUUGGUGGGUGAGCUGGAGUUUCUAGAGAAACCUGUGGUGGCCUUCAUCCGUUUGUCCCCCGCUGUGCUGCUCAAUGGACUAGCAGAGGUCCCCAUUACCACCAGGUUUCUCUUCAUUCUGCUUGGGCCCUUGGGGAAAGGGCCUCAGUACCACGAGAUUGGCCGCUCUAUUGCCACGCUAAUGACAGACGAGGUGUUCCAUGAUGUGGCUUAUAAAGCAAAGGAUCGUUCUGACCUUGUGGCAGGAAUUGAUGAGUUUUUGGACCAGGUGACUGUGCUGCCUCCAGGCGAGUGGGAUCCCACCAUCAGAAUAGAGCCGCCCAAAAGCGUGCCCUCACAGGAGAAAAGGAAGGUUCCUCCUCUGGCCAAUGGAGGGGCUGAUCUGGGGGAGGCUGAAGAGCACGGAGGCCACGGAGGACCAGAACUACAGCGCACAGGGAAGUUUUUUGGUGGUUUUUUUAUGGACAUCAAGCGUAAGGCUCCUCACUACCUGUCAGAUUACACAGAUGCCAUCAGUCUGCAGUGUCUCGCCUCCUUCCUUUUCCUGUACUGCGCAUGCAUGUCUCCUGUAAUCACCUUCGGAGGUCUACUAGGAGAAGCCACGGAAGGACGCAUAAGUGCAAUAGAGUCUCUGUUUGGAGCCUCUAUGACGGGUAUAGCGUAUUCUUUGUUUGCUGGGCAGCCCCUCACUAUCCUGGGCAGCACAGGACCUGUCCUGGUCUUUGAGAAAAUCCUCUUCAAAUUCUGCAAAGAAUAUGGUUUGUCCUACCUCUCCUUGCGUGUGUGCAUCGGUCUGUGGACAGCCUUUUUCUGUCUUCUGCUGGUUGCCACAGACGCCAGCUCGCUGGUGUGUUACAUCACACGAUUCACGGAGGAAGCCUUCGCUUCCCUCAUCUGCAUCAUCUUUAUCUACGAGGCUCUGGAGAAACUCAUUCAUCUGGGAGAGACGUACCCUUUCAACAUGCACAACGACCUCAACCAGCUCACUCAGUACUCGUGUGUGUGCACAAUGCCCGAAGAACCUAGCAAUGCCACACUGAGUUACUGGCAGGACAAAAACAUCACUGCUUCUGAAAUUGACUGGUUAGGCCUAGAUGUAAAGGGCUGUGUGGAGAACAGGGGAGAGUUUGUGGGCCGAGCCUGUGGCCACCACGGUCCGUACAUCCCUGACGUCCUCUUCUGGUCUGUCAUUCUCUUCUUCUCCACGGUUGUCAUGUCCUCCUUCCUCAAGGAGUUCAAAACUAGCCGUUACUUCCCCACCAAGGUGAGGGCAGUUAUCAGUGAUUUUGCAGUUUUCAUCACCAUCAUGACCAUGGUUCUGAUCGACUAUGCUCUGGGGGUCCCUUCCCCCAAACUACAGGUUCCCAAUGAGUUCAAACCAACCAGAGAUGACCGUGGCUGGUUCAUCAGCCCAUUAGGUCCAAACCCAUGGUGGACCAUUAUCGUGAGCUUCAUCCCAGCUCUGCUAUGCACCAUCCUCAUCUUCAUGGAUCAACAAAUCACUGCUGUUAUUAUUAACAGGAAGGAACACAAGCUUAAGAAAGGCUGUGGGUAUCAUCUGGACCUGUUUGUGGUGGGUGUGAUGCUGGGCGUGUGCUCUUUGAUGGGCCUGCCAUGGUUCGUAGCCGCGACGGUGCUGUCAAUCAGCCACGUGAACAGCCUGAAGCUGGAGUCCGAAUGCUCUGCGCCUGGAGAACAGCCCAAGUUCUUGGGCAUCAGAGAGCAGCGCUUCACCGGCCUCAUGAUAUUCGUCCUGAUGGGCAGCUCAGUGUUUAUGACCUCCAUACUGAAGAAUAUCCCGAUGCCUGUGUUAUAUGGAGUUUUCCUCUAUAUGGGAGCAUCGUCUCUCAGGGGCAUACAGUUCUUUGAUCGCCUGAGGCUGUUUUGGAUGCCAGCAAAACACCAGCCUGAUUUUAUCUACCUGAGACACGUCCCGCUGAGAAAAGUUCACCUGUUCACCAUCGUCCAGCUCACCUGCUUGGUGCUUCUCUGGGUCAUCAAAACCUCCAGAGCUGCCAUAGUCUUUCCUAUGAUGGUCUUAGCCCUUGUGUUCAUCCGUAAGCUGUUGGAUUUUGUCUUUUGUAAGCGGGAUCUCAGCUGGCUUGACGACCUCAUGCCUGAGAGCAAGAAGAAAAAAAUGGAAGAUGCACAGCAAGAGGAAAACCAGUGUGUCUUGAUGGAGGAUGAAGGAAUUGUACAAGUGCCCUUAGAGGGGCAUUGCAAGGACGAUCCUUCCACUGUCAACAUUUCAGAUGAGAUGACAAAGACGACUUUUGGAAACACCUGGAAAGACCUCAGCACUGACAGCACCAACAAAGAUCAAAGCUCAAAAAGCUCAAAGGUUGAAGUUGCCAUUGGACAUAAAAGAGGUGAUGAAGAGAAGGAGGCAGAUCUGGAUAGAGAGACGAGUUUGUGAGUUCACGUAUUUCGAAACACUCUGUACCGUGCCACACUACGAGCACCACGAAAUGCUUCUGUUCUGUAGGUCUGUGUGUGCCAGUCUGUGCUAAGGCACCUUGCUAUAUUUACAU